AUGCAGCUGCCGCCCUUCGACAUGUGGAAGGACUACUUCAACCUGAGCCAGGUGGUGUUGGCGCUGAUCCAGAGUGGGGGGCAAAGGCCAGAGGCCCUAGGGACUGGGGAGCCGAGACCGGGGCCCCAGCUGGAGCAGGCUCAGGGUCCGGGAGGGCCCAGGGCGAGCGGAGGCCCGGCUGCCCUGUGCAAUUUCUGCAAGCACAAUGGAGAGUCGCGCCACGUCUACUCCUCGCACCAGCUGAAGACCCCAGACGGCGUGGUGAUGUGCCCCAUCCUGCGGCAUUACGUGUGUCCCCUGUGCGGGGCCACCGGCGGCCAGGCGCACACGCUCAAGUACUGCCCGCUCAACGGCGGCCAGCAGUCUCUCUACCGCCGCAGCGGGCGGAAUUCGGCUGGCCGCAAGGUCAAGCGCUGA